GAGUCUGAAUUCACGCUCACUUGGCUCUCUCAUUGCGAGUAGACUUUUCCACCACCUUCUUCUUCCGCAGCCUUUCUUUUCCUCUCGCACGAGUACAACAAAACUUUACAAAGAGCUAAUCCUGAUCAAUUCUUGGUGGGAGAAAGAACUCGUCGUGUGCACCGAUUCAGCGUUUCUCCAAUCCUCAUACGUACUCUUACAAGCUUAUAAGUUAUACAAAAUUAUAAAACUGACUUAAAAUCGGCUAAACUUUUAGGAAUAAAAAAUAUUUGUAAUAAUUUUAUUGUCAAAGUUAGAGUUUUCUCCAGCUUAUUAUACAAAAUAAUUAUACAAGUUAAGAUCUGUACACGAAAUCGUUAGCGCUAAUAUUAACAUCUUUGUGCAAUAGUAACUUGAAAUUCGAGUGACAAUCUCAGUGACCACUUUUUUGGAACAUAAUCACAAACAAGCAACGACAAUAAGCCGAUUGACACCUACAUCAAUCAAAAGCGUGUGUAAGCGGAUUAUUAUAACUUUUUCCUGAACCUUUUGCCCGAUUAUCACGGUUUAAGGAGUCGUAAUUGUCGUCCCGAUAAGAGGCCUUGAGACAUUUGACUACGUCAUUAGAAGGAAACUGAAAUAGUAACAGCAAGUUUUGUGACAAACACGGUUUUCCCUGAAAACUGGAGCGACUGAAUUUGGCGAAUUGAGAGCACCUGCUCCUGGCGAGUGAGACACAGGAGUGAUGAGACAUUGAUAAGAGUAAAGAGGCAAUAAAAGCGUGUGAAAAAAAUCCCAGUGCAGUUAAACCACGGACCGUGAAAUGAUAAACGAGAUUAAACUCUUCCUAAUUUGCAUUUCAACCCUUUGUCUUAGCUGAGUUAAUCAAUUCAGGUGGAAAAUCAGCAAGGAAUGAAUUAUUACCUUUUUUGCCAAACAAUUACUAUUACUCACUUUUUUAAACUGUGUGAAUCUUCACAAACACGCUAUUUAUGAGCUGUAAUUGUGUUUUGUAAAAUUUUAUGGAGCAAUAACGAUUGAAGCUGAAAUGUACAACAAAACAUCAAGUUAGAAGCUUGACAAGGCGACAUCAGAAGUUAAAGAUUUCAGAUUUUAUGGAUCUGUUAAUCUACAUUAGCAAAACAUACCAUCAUUGUAUCCUACUGAUAAUAAAGAUUCAAAGGUGAGUGGUUCCUCUGACGUCGGACUUAAUGCUAACCUUCGACCUGUCAUCCCCUCCCUCAAUGUGCUCACCCAACUUUCGGAAUUUCAAUUCGGACAGAUUUAAAUCCUCUGCUGCUGGACACUUUUCCUCUUCCUCCUCAUCUUCCCAGAUAAGCCCCACGGCCAGUGCAACGGACUACUACGCCAACUCAUCAUCCUCGAAAAUGAAUUCACGGUUUGCUUUCUCUCAUCACCCAGCACACUCACAUCUUCACCAAAAUCCAACACCAUCCGACAUGACGCUGGGAACCUCCAACAAUAAUAACCACAACUCUGGAGCUAGCAACAAUUCCUGUCAAAGCAAUGAACUCUGGUCAACCGCCCCCUCCGCCGCAGCCGCCGCGGCAGCCGUUUUACAAUCUCACCAUUCAAACACUCAUCAUCACUUUGGUUCCUCCAACUCCCCAAUUUCCUCAGCCACGACGAUGACUACGAGUCCAGCCAAUAGUACAAAUAGCACAGGAUCAGGGGGGUCGUCAGCAUCCUCGGCCGGAGGUGGUGGGGGGAACGCAGGCUGCUACUCACCCUCCUACUUGUACCCGUACGGGGCAAUGUGGAGACAUCAUUAUGACACCACGCUCACCCGCAGCCAUCAUUACGACAUGACUUCGGGAUUUUGUGGCACACCCAAUUUCUCAGCCACCGCCCUCAAUCAUCAUGCGGCCGCUGUCGCACACGCUGCCCAUCAUCCCCCAUCCCUUCACCACCACCAGCAUGGAGCAGGUGGAGGGUCUCACGGUCACAUGGGGAUGGCGAAUUUGGGAGGCUCGGCGACAAAUCCAGCUGUGGCGCUCACGGCUGCUGCUGUCUUGGACACGACUUGCUUUUUGGGUCAGGGAUGGACCCCAGCAGGACUCAAUGAAGCUCGAGAAUGUGUAAACUGUGGUUCGAUAUCAACGCCCCUUUGGCGCAGGGACGGAACAGGGCACUACUUGUGUAAUGCUUGCGGAUUAUACCAUAAAAUGAACGGCAUGAACAGACCACUGAUAAAACCAUCUAGGCGAAUGGCCACCUCCAGACGACUGGGCUUAUGUUGCCAAAACUGUGGCACGACAACUACAACGCUGUGGAGGAGGAAUAACGAGGGGGAACCAGUUUGCAACGCAUGUGGCUUAUACUUUAAACUUCACGGUGUGAAUCGGCCCCUGGCAAUGCGUAAGGACGGAAUACAAACUCGAAAGCGGAAGCCAAAAUCGAAAGCCUCGGCCCUUGCGCUGCAUCACCAUCAGCAGCAACAACAGCAGGCGGCGGCGGCGGCGCAACAACAACAGGUCUCGGCGACCAAAGCGCUACUUCAUCAGUCGAAUGGACUAAACAAUAACAACAAUCACACAAACAACAACAAUUUGAACAAUAACCAUCUGUCGCACCACCACCUCCAAUCUCCACAUAACACUCAUCACCAUCAGCUCCACAUCCAUAGUUCCAGCAACAAUGGAUAACAAAUUAAAAUGUAAUCUGUCGUGUAUUUAUUCAUCUUAUUUAUUUUGCGAUCCCUCGUUUUUUUAGUACAACAAGUUGUAUAAAUCUUGCAUGAAUGUAGAUUAAGACUUUGUGUUAUUUUGUGAGUAUUUGUGAUCCUUGACGUUAUUAGGACGUACUUAUUUCAGAAGACGAGGUCUGUGAAUAGAAUUAUUUCGACAGCGAAAUUAGAUUGUACUUAACAGUUACCCAUUAACUUUAGGUACGUAAACAUAUGACAAAUAAGGAUUUGUCACGAAUUAGCAUCCCAAAACAAAGAAUCUCAGAAGCAGAGUUGAUUGUAGUUAGAGCUGCCGAUUAUGUAGGAAAUCGUAUUAACUGCGAGUGCGUAGGCGACCAGCGAUCUGGACGGGUGCAAUAUUUUAAUCACAAUAAUCAGCCUGGCAAUUAUACCAUUAGUCACUUAAAUAAUCAAUCGUAUUUAUUACAUAUUAUGAAUAUUAUUACUAAAAGUGCAAGCUAAAUAUAUUUAUUGGCUUGAGUGUAAAUGAUUGUAAUCUUAUUUUACUCCCGGUUAAAAGUAAAUUUUCACGCAUAAGAGAAUGGCGACUAUUUAGUGUAUUGCAUAGAUAUGUACUUAUCGUUAGAAGCCAUAAUUUAUCGCACUGCCUUGUAAUUCUGUAAACAUAAUGCUUUUGUAUUUUACCUUAUGACCUAAUAUAUUUUACUGACUAUCAAGUGAAAAACUUAUCGUAGUAGUUUAAAUUGUAUUUAAUCGCUGUUUGACAAGUUUUUCAUUUGCAUAAUGUAAAUAUUGAUGAAAUAAAACUUGCUAUGAUAAUAAUGAUUUAA